ACCACUUUGUGUUUUCUUUCUCAACCUAAAAACCCCCUCACAACCCUCCCCACUUUUUCCCCUUCAUUUCUCCAAUCGUCAACCUCUGGUUUGGAUUUCGAUUUCUCAAACGAGAACAUGGCUAAUUCAGCAUCUGGGAUGAAUGUAAGUGAUGAAUGCAAGCUCAAGUUUUUGGAGUUGAAAGCAAAGAGGACAUAUAGGUUCAUCGUGUUCAAGAUUGAUGAGAAUGCUCAGCAAGUUCAGAUAGAAAAGCUUGGGAAUCCCGAAGAAACUUACGACGAUUUCACAAACUCUAUCCCAGAGAAUGAAUGCCGAUACGCAGUCUAUGAUUUUGAUUUCACCACCGAGGACAAUUGCCAGAAGAGCAAGAUCUUUUUCAUCUCGUGGUCACCUGAUACAUCAAGAGUGCGGAGUAAGAUGUUGUAUGCAAGCUCAAAAGACAGGUUCAAGAGAGAAUUGGAUGGGAUUCAAGUUGAAUUGCAAGCAACUGAUCCUAGCGAGAUGAGCCUCGACAUCAUCAAUGAAAGAGCUCUCUGAAAAAUAAUCAUCAAUAUUCGAGAAUGAUCAGCUGCAUGCAUCCCUAUUCAUUCCUAUAUAUUGUUUUCGUGUGUUAAGGUUUUAUAUCUUAUAAAAAAAU